AUGAAGGAUACAGGAUGCCUGGAUGGUCCCCCGUGUCCCCGCAGGUAUGUCACACACCUGAUGAAGCGUAUUCAGAGGGGACCUGUCCGAGGCAUCUCCAUCAAGCUGCAGGAGGAGGAGAGGGAGAGGAGGGACAACUACGUCCCCGAGGUUUCUGCCCUAGACCAGGAGAUCAUCGAAGUGGACCCAGACACCAAGGAAAUGCUGAAGCUCCUGGACUUUGGCAGCCUGUCCAACCUGCAGGUGACGCAGCCCACGGUGGGGAUGAACUUCAAAACGCCCCGAGGAGCCCUCUGAGGCUGCCUCUGGCUGUCACUUUUCCAAUAAACGUGGGGAAACCA